AGUAGAUAACGCGUCCAAGGAGGGAAAGUGAAACUACAGUAAGCGAAAUCGUAAACUUCCUGCUGGAGAAAACGACGUGAUCUCGAGAAAAACGAAGAAAAAGACCCAGGAAUUAGGUAGGGGGGCGCGGCAGUGUUGGGUCUCCUGACAUCCUCACUGGCGUCCACAGGUGAUCAGCUGUAAUCAGACGGUAAGACCACUGAUGAGCUUGGUGUACGGACAGCGCUCGUAUGCGUAAGUGUGGGACACGGUGUCUCGGUGUAUCCGACGGAACGCUUACACAUGGCUGGGGAUGUUGGUUUCCCCGAAGAGGACGCCUGUGUCUCUUUGUGACUGGAUACUGUUCAGUGUAGAUUGUAAGUGGAUGUGCAGUGACCUCUAUCUGUUGGCUGUGGACUGGGAGAGAGGGACUGUAAAACCGCCGGAAUGGGGAACUUUUGCUGUCCGUCCACGAAUCCAUGCAGCCACGCGGCGGAUGAGACGAAGGGGCUGCUGAGCUCGUCGGAGUCAAAGACCUCGACGAAGGCAGAGGGAGAUGGAUUUAGCUCAGAAGAAGUGGCAGGGGAGAGAAAAAAUGAAAACAAACACCCAGGACUGGACAAAGAGGUGGUCACCAAUCAGCCGAAUGCAAUUAACAGACCUGUAGAGGUACAAAGUUCCUAUAGUACUGUAAUAAACACACUGCACACUGGUAUCUCUCGUGCUGCACAAGCUCACCAAAGUUCCUCACCCGAAGUGUCAGAUGAACCAGUAGUGACAGCCAUAGAAGUAGCAGAAACAAAGAACAGCGCUGAGACAGAAGAGGUCGAGACGGCUGCUGAAGACAUGGUUAAAGCACUCGUAGAGAUAGUAAAGGUGGAUGAAGCAAGAGGGACUGCACCGGAUGUCCAGGAACGACCUGCAGAGGCUGAGGAGGCACCUUUGCAGGCUUCUGAGGUGGGCACAAAGAAGGAGGCAGGUGAAGUGGAGAUAAGGAAGGACGAUGCUGAAGUGGACAUAGGAAAUGAGGCAACUAAAGUGGACGCCGAGAGCAAAGAAGCUGAAGUGGAUGUAGAGGAGGAGGCCGCUACUGAGGUGGACAUAAAGAAAGAGGCAGCUGAGGUGGACGCAAAGGAGGCCGUGGCUGACGUGGAGAUGGAGAAGAAGGUCGGUGAAAUGGACAUAGAGGAUAAACCAAAAACAUCUGCUGAUGUUUCAGGCGAGAAGGAUGGCAGUCAAACCAAGCAGGACUCCACAGCUGAUACACAUGAAGUAGAACACCUCACUCCUUCUGACGCAAAAGCAGAUACCUCAGUGAUGGAAAACAGCAGAGCAGAACCUCAGACUUCUCCACCAGAGCCCUCAGGUGAAUUUACAGUGGUUGAAAAAUCUGCGUUAGCUGAGAUGAUCGCUGAAGAACCUGUUGGAGAACCUGCAGAUAAAGUGGAGGACAAACAUGAAGAGGAUUCUGUAUCCAGUUUGGCUGAAGUAAAGGAAGUUAACGUGCCCUCUGAAACUCAGGAACCUUCUGAGAUGGCGGCCUCUCCAGCUAGUGAUGAACUCGCUCCUCACAGCUUGGAAAAUGGGCAGGUGGAUGAUCUGAAAAAUGAAAACUCUGUUAUUGUGGAUGUUGCUUCAAAAAUGCCCCAACAGACAGAGCUCCUCCAGAAAACAAGCGAGGAACCUUCACGUAUUGAGGAUGAAGCACAGCUGCCUGAGACCUCUGCCAGCACUGCAGAGGAGGUUGUUCAGGCCAGAGAUGCUGCAGCAGACCAGGAGAACAUUGCCGAGUCUAUUGAACAGGAACAAGAGUCUCUUCUGAACGGUCUAGACUCCGCCACUCCUCUCGAGAGGUCUGACUCCUCAGAGGCUCAUGGUGACGCUGUUCAGGUGGAGAUCAUUGAGCCCACUGGACCAAGUGAUGCUCUCCCGUUGGAUGUCCACAUACUAGUGGAGGGAGAGCCAGAGCGCUGGCCGAACGAGGAGAUUGAGAGUGAGAGAGAAGGACCGACCAACGCUGUCCAGGUAGAAAAAGAAGAUACUGAAAGCUACGAGGUCCAGAAGGGAGAGAUCAUUGUGAGCAGUAGCCAUGCUGUGGAGGUCGCGCUGAUACCUCUGAGUGAAAGCAUCGCAGAGGAGAAGCAGCAAGAGGAUGAAGACCUCUACCGGGGAGCUGAAGAGAUCCAAAAAGAGCCAGCCAAAGAAAAGCAGUCGCAGCCUCUGCUGGAGCUCACAAUCCCCGGAGUGGAGACAUGCAGUUUAGCAGCUGCUGUUGACAUACUGGCCUACAGUGAGAGGGAGUGGAAGGGAAACACAGCCAAGAGCACACUCAUCAGAAAGGGCUAUUCAGAGAUGUCCUGCAGUUUUAGCAGCCUGCGGAGGGUAAGAGGGGACAACUACUGCGCCUUGAGGGCAGCUCUGUAUCAGGUGCUGGCCACCACCACACAGACGCCAGCCUGGCUUCUGGAAGAGGACUUCACAGCGUUGCCAGUGAAACUUGAAUCUCAGGAGCACCUGAUUGGUGGAUGGACGUUCCCUUCGGAGUGUAGGAAAGUAGGAGAAAAGGAGGUGGCAGUGGAAAAACUGAGGCACUAUCUGGAGCUCCUGCAGAAAAGGUGGCAGGCAGCGGCUGAGACAGAUAGCCUAGAGGAGAAGCAGCGACUGUGUGAGCGUGUGUUUCAGGGUAGAGAGGAAGAGUAUGGUCUUCUGGAGGUGCUGAAGUUCCUCAUGCUGGCCAGGGCAGUGGAGCUGCAUGGCAAAAUGCAGGCGGGAGAAGAAGUGCCUGUGUUCUGUUGGCUACUGUUCGCCCGGGACACGUCAGAAAAUCCCAAAACACUCCUCAGCAAUCAUCUGAGCCAGGUCGGCUUCAGCGGAGGGCUAGAGCAGGUGGAGAUGUUUCUGCUGGGUUACGCCUUACAGCACACCAUUCAGACCUUCCGCCUCUACAAGAUGGACACAGAGGAGUUUGUGACGCACUACCCCGAUGACCACAAACAGGACUGGCCCUGUGUGUGCAUCGUCACAGAGGACGAUCGACAUUACAAUGUCCCCAUCAGGAAACGAGCACAACACCAGCUUCACCACAACCUCUCAGCGCUUUGGCCUCAUAGCAGCUGAUCGGCCUUAAAAUUGACUUCUGGAAGGUGAUCAGAGGAACGAACUCGUCUAUACGUUCCAACUGACUCCGUGUAUUACUGGUUUAUAUCUGAUUAAUGACGAAUAGUUUACAGGUAACCGUUUUUAUGUGUUCAGAGCAUGCGGCAAAAAGCUAACAGUACUCGUUAGAAGUAUCGCCUACUGUGCAGUGCAGUGAUUUUCAGCACAGGAGCCUCAUUUAGAGACAUUGCUUAGAUUUUGUAUUGAAUAUGAGUUUACAAUCACUUGCCAAAGCUUAAGUUUGCACUGUUUACUCACAUGUACUAAUUUAAAACCGAACUGGUCUUGAAACUGUGCCGACAUGAACAUCCUUAGCGACUUUAGUACAGUUUAACUUUGUGUCUCGCUCCAGAGGAAGUUUAUUCAGCCUCGAAGUGUAGCAGCGCCCUGAAAGAGUAGCUGACUGAUUUAUUAAGGGUUUUGUUCCUGGUAAAUGUCAACAUGUGACAUUUUAGCACAAAGGCUGCGCAGUGUAUGUUAUGCCUGGCCCACAUUAGAGGGUUUUUCAGUCCUAAGCUUUGUUGAAAUUGAGCGACCGUAUACAGACCAACAGAUUACAUGGAUUUUUUUUUGUCCUUAGUCAUCGUUCAGUCAUCCUUCAGUCACGAAAGCCCCCACGCGACAAGAUUUGCCCAGAACAAAGCACCACAUUCUUUCAGGAUAUUCUCGCAAACCGAGC